AUGCCUUCCAAAACCCAGGCCGAUGUGAACCUGUGGUUCUUAUAUAUCUGUCUUCAGAAAUCAGACUAUAAGACCAUCGAUUUCAACGCCGUGGGAGAGGCAGCCAAUUUGAACCCUCCUGCUGCUCGCAUGCGCUUCUCCCGUCUCAGGAAGGCAAUCGAGAGCUGUGCAAUUAACGCAACAUCCGCUGAAACGACAAGCGCAUCUGCUAGCAUCGAAGAAAAAUCCAAACAGCAGUACAAAGCUCGUCAGUCGAAACCCCAAGAGGUCACAGUAAAAAAAGAAGAACCCCUGUCGCCACCAGGUAAUUCGAUAAAAGAGGCAGUAAUACCUAACGUCGAGAUGGGGGUGAAAUGUGACAUGGUGAAGCUUUUCGACCAGAAUGAGUAUGAAGCCAAUUACGGGGACUUAGAUGAUGAAGACGUCCCUUUAGCUAUAAAACGCAAGGCUUCUCAGUGUAAUGCAUCCAGGAAAAGGCAGAAGCCGACGAAUGUCUCUUCUAUGACAGAAAUCAAAAAUGAACCAGCCUCGAGCGAUGGAAACAUCGCACUUUUCUAUCACACUGCCACAGAUACUCAUUUUCCGGACGGAAUUGACGGAUCGAGCAAUAUGGCGAAAAGCGAAGGUACCGUGGAAUUGGUACACAAUUUCCAUACAGAUUCCAGUGAAGAAACUUCGGAUUCCCGCCAACGCGGAAUCCCUUUCAGGACGCUUGCCCCUCCCCCCCUUAACACGACCCUUCAAGCCAGAAUUCCUGACUAUGUAUCCACCUCCAAUAACAACAAGCUUGCAAUAAGUGACGGUUCUCAGGAAACCCGAGAUUCUCAGCAUGAGCAGACGAAGCAUGACGUUUCCUUCGACUCAUAUUUGUGCCCAUUGCCAUACAGAUCAACUCAAAUGACCCACCCAUGCAAUACAGUUCCCCUUGCACGCCCAUUUACUUCUACACUUGGCGAUAUCCUUUCUCCAGGCAUUGGCGGAACCAAUGCUCCCACCUGGUCGAGGUACCAGAUUCCGACUAUCACCAUCACCGACACGGAUCCGUACGGACUUCGCAACCCCCUGUUUCCGAACAGCACGAAUGCGUUGGAUGCGGUCCAAGCAAGUAUCAAUGGAGCGCUGUUCAGCCCGGGCUCCAACGCCUUUGCCCCUAGAUAUGGCAGCGCCAAUAGAAAUGAUAAUCCACGCACAUAA